AUGAUGCACUUUCUGGGCCACCGGCGCUCGGCCUCGCAGCAGAGCAUCGACCCAGAGACGCAGCAACAGCCGCAGCAGCAGUGGCGGCCUCAUCACAAGCACCGGCUAAGCGCGUCGUCGGCGCUGUACCAGGCGGCACAGGCAUUGGGCUCCAUUGGCGUCCCUACUGCCGCCGCCACUGCCAACGCCGCCACUGCCAACGCCGCCACUGCCAGUGCCAGCCUCCCGGCGGAUGCUGCCACUGCCAAUUCAAACUCUUCCCACCCGCUGCUGCCCAAUCCGGUGCCUUCGUCGUCUGCCGUGUCAUCCCACUCUCAGUCUCAGCAGUCGUCGGCGUCGUCGCAGUACUCGCAGCCCUCGCCAUCCUCUCCCCAGCAGCAGCGGCAGCACCACCGCCAGUCUGGGUACUUCCAGCCCAACCACAACCACAACCACAACCAACCUCCUCUUACUUCUGGCCCCGUUUCUUCUCCUCAAACCUCGUCUCUUCAAUACACCCCAGGAGCCGCGAGUGCGACAAAACCCGCGACUGGGUCAUCGCUUCCCAACGAACCCCCCGUCGCCAACUUCCGCUGGGACGACGAGUACUACAACACCAGGGACAGGGACGACACCGAUAGAGACAGUAACCCGGCCGCUGCCACGACCGACUCCGCUUCCGUCCGCUCCCUCCAGCCUCACCAAGCCCAUUCCUAUUCCCAUUCCCAUUCGCACUCGUACGCCCACACGCAUUCUCACAUCUCCUCCAACAACACCCGCGCUCAUUCUCGAUCUCAGUCGUACUCUCAGCAGCAGCAGCGUGCCUCCAUCCCCGCCGCUCUGCUUCCGGCCCAUGGCCUGCAGCCGCACCGAGACUCAACCUACUCGCUGUCCGCACGCUCCACUGCGACUGAGACAUCAGGGCCGCCGGGCCUUACCCCCUCCAUCGCCUUGUUCCCGGACCACUCGUCUCCAUCCCCAUCGUCCUCUUCCGCUGCCGCUGCCAUGAAUCAACAACAGCAACAGCAGCAGUCGCCGCCACAAUUUCAGUCCGGCACCCCGCGGCGCGCCGGCACCUACAGCUCCCAGCACGAAGAAUUGCACAUGCCAGCGGGCAUGAUGCAGCAUGGUCAGCUGUCGCCCCGCGAAUACUCAUCCUCGUCCACCGCCCCCGCCGCUCCCCAUAUCAAGCUGGACCAGGCAUCGCCAAAUGUCCCCCAGUACCAAAACACAUCGUCGGUGCCCAACGUCUUGCAACCUGGCGGCCCCGGUAACCGCCCGCCAGUCCUUACCGCCAACACGGCGCCUGCCUUGUCCACAAUGCAGCCUCAACAGCCGCAAGACUACCAAACGCCUUCGAAGCCCCCGAGCUUGAGCUUAUCCCACAGCUACUCCCGCUCCUCCCCCGCUGCCGGCUACGAAGGUGCCUCGACCUUUGCGCCCUACACCCCUACCACCCCAAGCGGUUCAGGAUCCCAAUUCAUGUCUCCUCCAGACCAAAAGUAUAAUGCUCCCGGUUCGCAACGAAACAUAUCAAACACGCCCUUAGGCCUGGCCGAUAUCCGUCCCCGCGCCGAUUCGAGCAUGUCUGAUGGCGUGCCGGGGAGCGUCGCCUACGAGCUCGCCAACGCCCAGCCGGGUACCAGCAAUUACCUCGCUCCUUGGGCUCUCUACGCGUUUGACUGGUGCAAGUGGCCCCCACAAGGCCACGGUGCAGGGAAACUCGCCGUCGGCAGCUACCUAGAGGACGGCCACAACUACAUCCAAAUCCUCGAUACCCAGAUGGUGCCGACCCCCAACGAUGUCUACCAACCAGGCACCCCCAAGUUCAACCUCGAAUUUUCAAAGGUCGCAGAAGCCACGCAUUCUUAUCCCGUGACUCGCCUGCUCUGGGAACCACCCUCUUCUCAGAAACAGUCAACCGAUCUUCUUGCGACGUCCGGCGACCACCUUCGCCUAUGGUCUCUCCCCUCCGAGAGCCCCGUAUCGCAGAGCAACUCGAUCACCCGGCAGGGCAGAGAUACCGCUGUCACGAAACUGACGCCUCUCGCGCUACUUUCCAACUCGAAGACACCUGAUCAUACGGCGCCGCUCACUUCGCUGGACUGGAAUACGGUCUCCCCGAGUUUGAUAAUCACGUCUAGUAUCGACACCACUUGCACGAUCUGGGACAUUCCGUCAUUGACAGCCAAGACGCAAUUGAUUGCCCACGAUAAAGAAGUGUACGAUGUGCGCUUUUGCGCCAAUAGCGUCGAUGUAUUUGUGAGCUGUGGACAAGACGGAAGCGUCCGUAUGUUUGAUCUGCGCAGCCUCGAGCAUAGCACCAUCAUCUACGAACCUACCGGCAAGGAUGAUCGAGACGCCAAUGGCGGACGCAUCAGCCCCACGCUCGCGCAACAAACCAUGUCGAACCCUCCCCCCCUGUUGAGACUGGCAACCUCUCCUCAUGAUACCCAUUUGCUGGCUACGUUCGCGCAAGAUUCCAACGUUAUUCGAAUCCUCGACGUAAGGCAUCCUGGGCAGGCGCUUCUUGAGCUGCGCGGUCAUGGAGGCUCUCUCAAUUCCAUUGAGUGGUCGCCCACGAGGCGAGGAGUUCUAGCCUCAGGAGCAGACGACUGCCAGGUGCUGCUUUGGGACGUCUACAACAACAACCACUCGCUCAGCGGCGGCCCUCCUGCCAACGGUGCCGCCCAGCCGGAUAACACGCGAAGCCCAUAUGCCAGCUGGCAGUGCGAUUACGAGGUCGGAAACCUUGCCUGGGUCCCGCACCUCUCGAGCAACGACCAGGGGGAGUGGCUAGGAGUGAGUGCAGGCAGAGGCCUCUGGGGCGUCAAGACGUGUGGGCGGACCGGUGCCUGA